AUGGAGCCGGAGGCAACCAGGCCAGGGAGAAGAGGAGGGGGCGGAGCGGUGCGAGACCUCGACCGGCACACCCCCGCGCCAGUGACGGGUGGGCAGACCACCCAUCCCUCCAGCCAGCCUCCUCACGUUGCCCCCUGCAACGCCCCACCACGGCCUCCAGAUCAGAUCAGCGAGGAGCACGUCGAACACCCGGCUGACGACGAGGACGCGCAGACGGUCAGAUCCGUCCUGGAGAUGACCACAGGAGGUGCCACGCCGGGCCUUGCACAUCGGCCACCGGCAGCCGCACGAGCCGCAGCAGAUGCACCGCGACCCGCCGGCGAGAUGGCCCGCGCCGUCCAAGGCCGCCAAGCCGCGGAUCUGGCCGAGCCAGGCCCAGCCGCCGCCCCAGCCCAGGACGCGCGCACGCCCGCGAAGCCCACCACGCCGCCGCCACGUGCUCGCAACCCCGCCGCCAGAGCUCGCCGCCGCGCCCCUCGCCAGCACGACGUAACGCCCGCCGCCGCCGGCUCGCGCCAGCCGCCGCAGGGCGAAAGGAUGAAGGGGCCCCGCCGCGACGCCGACGCCCGCGGGCUUUGCCCGCCGGCGCUGCCUGGCAACGGCGAGGAGGGGAGGCGGCUAGGCUACUUGCCUAUCCAGUAG